AUGGCCGCGGAGGUUCCCUCCACGUGGCCCGGCAAUGGCACUCGGGCUCCUUGCCCCGUGGAUGCCGCCUUCUCCCAGCGCUUCCUGCCCGCCGUGUACCUGACCGUGAUCCCCCUGGGGCUGCUGGGGAACGGGCUGGGGCUGUGGCACCUCUGCACAGGUCCCCGUGAGGCUGCCCGCCAGCCCCUCAGCCUGCUGGUGGGGAACCUGGGGGUGGCUGACCUGCUCUACGUCACCACUCUGCCCUUCCUCGUCAGCUACUACCAGCAAGGCAGAAUGUGGAUCUUCGGGCAGGCCUGGUGCCGCCUCACCCGCAGCCUCUUCCACCUCAACCUCUACGCCAGCAUCGGCUUCCUCACCUGCAUCAGCAUCCACCGCUACCUGGGCAUCGUGCACCCGCUGAAGGCACGGGGCAGGUGCCAGGGUACGGCCUCUGCGGGGUGGCUCAGCAUCAUGGUCUGGGUGUGGGUCAUCGCACAGAUAGCUCCCGAUCUUGCCUUCAGCAAGACAAAUGUCACCGGGUCGCAGUGCCAUGACACGACAGGACAGGAGCACCUGGGCACUUACUUGCCCUACACCUUUGCUGUCACCGUGACUGGGUUUGUCAUCCCAUUCCUCAUCAUCAUCGGGUGCUACUGCCACGUGGUGUUCGUGCUCUGCAGGAAUGACAGCGUGGAUCCCAGCCUCAGGAGGAGAAGCAUCGCGCUGGUGGUGCUCGUCAUGGUUCUCUUUUCCAUCUGCUUCCUCCCCUACCACAUCUUCAGAAACCUCAACUUGUUUUUUCGCUGGCAGCCACAAGGAUCCUGCACACAGGCUUCAAAGGAUGUCUACAUUUCCUACCAGGUGACUCGGGGCCUGGCCAGCCUCAACAGUGCUCUCAACCCCCUGUUCUAUGUGGUAACCAGCAAAGACUGGAGGUCACGAGUGAGGACCAUCCGCCAAAGUGCCAGGCAGUGUCUGAGGUCUGUCUCUGGGAGCAAAACCUCUUGCCAGGCAGCUGAGAAGAAGAGGAACAUCAUUCUUUGUAAGGGAGAGGCUUCUAAUGAGCUCUGA